GCACAACGAAUGAACAAAACUAGACGGAUCGAUGAUUGAAACGAGUUACGUAAGACCGCCUAAACAAGGUCCACUCUCUCUCCGACCUUCUUUUUUUGGAGGAAAUAUGAGCUGUACGUGCAUUCCCAUGCUCCACGUUUUACCUGAUAAACGCAGCAAGUGUAGGUGUAGGGUUGGAAACAGUCAUGGUUUAUGCAGGAUGAUUAGAAGAUCUCUCUUUUGUACCGAAAAAGGAACAGCAGUUUGGAGAGUAACAUACCGAAACGCUUUAACCAGGGAAGUGUUAUACGGAGGCCAUAGGGUUGAAAUAGUGUUGUACAUCAUCUCACAUGACGGUUGGAGAGGAAGUUCCGAAAAAAUAGUAAUAAGUACCCAAAGUUACAAUGUCUGCUACAGGAUGUGUCAUGUUGUGUUUGAUACUCUUCUUUUUCACUGCGGAUUUUAAUAACGUGAUAAGUCAAGUGAUACCACCAUCGUCCACCCCAUCGUCCGGUGUGGGUCAAUGUAGUGAUGGUGAAAGAACAUGUCCAACAAGCAAAGCAUGCUACCAGAAUUAUCAAAUUUGUGACUCUUACGAUGACUGUGGAAACUCUUUCGACGAGAUAGAAUGUCCAAGAUCGCCAGAGAUUUGCCAGCAUGUGCUAGGUAAUUCCUCUGCUUUUCAGGAUGCGUGUACACGGAGUGUAAUUUACGUUCCAGCGGCUCCAAAUAAUGGUGGUGAGGAGGAGACAUCAACAGUUACAGAUGGAAUAUUAUAUUUUCCUGGACCUGCUAACAACUACUCCCUACUCGACGCAAUUUCUUUUUCUACGGUGGAUUUUCCUGUGGGAGAAUUCGGAUACUUAAGACUGGUCCUUACUCCAUUCUCUUCUGUGACAAGUGAUUCAUUGGAGCCAGUUAUUCUCGUCUUAUCUAACGCCAUAGUGUGGGUAGUAAACGAUGGCAGCUAUGAAAUUUUAUUACGCUCUCCGAUUCGUGCGAAUCCAUCUGUAAUUGACAUGGUUCGACUGGAGGUUUCUUAUGUCAUCAAUUCGAGUCCCAGUGCGUCAAACCCGUAUCUUCCGCCAAGUUUAUUAACAACGACAAGCUUCAGGGUGCGGUAUAGAUUCUACUAUGAUCAAUGCGCCAGUAUCUUGAGUGAGGGCGAGACUGGGGUCCUACCGAUAGGUCAAAACUCCUGUCUUCUGGCUGUCAAAGAUUACGCCACCUAUACCAAUGAUGCGGCCCUUCAACGUGUUUACUGUGAACCGAGAGAACGGGUGCAAGUCGCUUAUGAUUUGUAUUCAGAAUGCUUCGAAAUCCCGCUACCAGUGCAACCAUGGCAACUUCCUUCCACCUCUGGACCAAGUACUGUCCCUGCUUCUACGAGUACUCCUAUGUUUGCACCAUCUUGUGACCAAGUGAAAGAAGUUUGUCCUGUCAGCCGUGGUUGUUUUAACCAGAGUCAAGUCUGUGACUCGUACAAUGACUGUGGAACUGGCUUCGAUGAGUCUAACUGUUCAUCAUUAUCUGAUGAAGAAGGUACAACUUGUCAAGAGGUACAUCAGAAUGCCAGUCUCUUCAACAGCUUAUGUGCAGAAUUUAGGACUCCCCGUGAUCCAUUCACAUCGGAUGACAUACAAUUAAUAGGUCUCUAUCUCUUCGCAGCACCACAGGGCUCACGCAUGCAUAUUGAAUCGAUUAAUGUCACCACUCCUGCCUUCACUCCACGUUUGUCGGGGGAUGUUUAUGCCAUAUUCAGCAUAGCCAUCAUAGAUCAACAAAGACAGACUGUUAACAGUGCAACACUGACUGCUGAGCUACGUGUCACGGAUAAAGGAAUUCUUACGCACAAUCUCCCUCUUCGCGUUCCACUACCGGUAUCUUCUGCUGAUCGUAUCGAGGUUUACAUUCAACGAACCCUAGAGACUGGUCCACCAAGUCCCCAAAAUCCAUACCAAGGUGUUUCAGUGGGAAGUGGAGCUGUUCGUAUGAACUUUCUUAAUUACAGAGGUGAUUGUGGUUCAGUUCCUCAAAACCAGCAAGGACCUACAUGGAACCUAUGCCUUCAAUCAGCCUGGGAUUUCACCAAAGCUUCUGAGAGGAUGUUUUCAAUGGGACUUACUUGUCAACCUCUGGAACGCAUUCAUUUCAUUUCAAAUAUGUAUAGUGAAUGCUUCGAUGAGCCUUCUAUUGUGCAAAUAUCCAGAAACAACUCGGUAGUCCCCGGUCAAGAAGUGUCCCUUAUUUGUGCAGCGAGAGGUACUCCUGUUCCAACGGUCCAAUGGCUUGUCCCAGAUGAUCUGAUUGUAUCCGAUCAGUUGUCCCAGUCAACAACCACUGGUGCAUCUACAAUUAUAUUUACUGGUGAAAUUGCUAAUAUGCAGUACAGAUUUGAAUGUAUUGCAGAAAGCUACGUGGGCGAAAAAAGAGCUGUACGCUUUGUCACAAUUUUAGGUAAUGAAUGUGUUGAGAAGUUGGAGUUGCGAGAUAAUUUCCUAGCAUCGUCUGGUCCUAACCAAUCAUGUCCUAAUGUACGAGCUAUUACACAAUUUGAUUUCUACUCUUCUUCGCUCAGAGCAAUUGCUUAUAGUUCACCAUCAAAUGGGUAUCUCUUUUCCAUUGAUCUACCUUGGUAUCUAUUCUCCUUCUCGUAUGGUAAUACCAUUGCUGGUCUUCGGAUAUCGGUCAUCGUAGAUAACUUCCUAUUAGGAUCACCAGGCAGACGAAGAAAGCGAUAUGUAGUCCCCAUCUUAUACGAGAGAGAUUACUUUGAUAUCACACAAGAUGGAAAUGAUGGUGUUCACCGCAUACGUUUCUUGGAUCCGGUUUCCAUAACAUCUCAACAGAUCUACAUCAGUUAUGAAAGUCUUGAGAGCAGCCAGGAGACAUUUUCACCGGAAGAAGGACCGCUUACAUUAAGAUACUUAGAAUGUCCAACUGUAAUAGACAGAAUCAACGAUACUAUGUGUUUCACAAUAUAUGAUCAAUGGCGUGAGGUCGAGGAGGAACUAAUAGAGUUGGGUUGCACGAGAAGAACUUCUCCACUCUUCAACAUUUAUCAGAACUGCUUAGGGAUAAAGGAUGAACCUCUUAUGGAACUUCCACUCACCAUCCCUGAAAUAAAAGUUGAUGACAACUUUACCCUUCGUUGUCCUAUCACGGGGGACCUGCAAUCUUACUGGAUGAAAAAGACCAGUAGAGAAGACGUAUUACCCUUUGUGAGACAGUCUCCCAUUCUACAAUUUGAAUUUUUCAACUCUCAAAAUCAAGGUUAUUACUUCUGCAGAGGAGUUGGAAGUAACAAUCAGACUCUGGAAACAGAACCCGUAUUGCUCGCAUAUAAAGCAUCUGAGUUUACAACGCUAGGAUUCUCGAUAACAUAUGAUCGACCCUAUAUAGAUAUCGACGAUCCCAUCUUCCCAGAUUCUUCAUUUGACCUUCUCUCUCCUGUAAGUAUCUAUACAGGUUUAUUGCAAUGAGGGUAAUGCUAAUAA